AUGCUCUGUAGCGGGCCGUUGGGACCCAGCGGACCCUGGGCGACCUUCAGGGUAUAUCCCCAUGUGCAAGAAGAGCAUGCCCAGCAACAGCAUCCACAACACGACCUGUCGGCAGCUCCAACUCCUCACGACGGAAUACACGAAGGGCACAAGCCACAGAACUCACCGCAGACACCCCCACCAACAGACACUCUGGCGGCACUCACCGCUACACGGACACCUAAGUCAGUAAGGUCACACUCAAACUGGCAAUACAUAACGGCCGUCACCACCCUGACUUUUGCAAACGAUGACCCAACGUGCCGAAAUCUGCCUGGUGGUACUCUACUCUGCUUUACUUUAUUUUGAUUUAAUCUACUUUACUUUAUCUUAUUUGACAGACCACCCUAGCUAAGCUAUUUGUUUUCUAAAAACCGCUGUGCACAUGUCUGUUAUAAAUAUAAGCUCACUAACUACACACCCAGCUUCUGACCCUAAGUAACCUCGUAGUAAAGAGCUCCAGACUAUGCGGUGGCCCCCCUUAAUACAAGCAAAAGAAUUCAACAAGUUUAAAAAGUAGAAUGUCUAGAAUUUACAAAAGGUUAAACGUUAAUGUUAAGCAUGGAUAGCGAGCAUAAGAGCACAAUGACUAGUAUGUGUUUCCAUGUAUAAUGUCUAGAAUGCGCAGGAAGCGUAAAUGCACAUUGCUUAGUAAGCGCUGGAGGUCACCUUGACAAAGAUUAACUUGAUGUACUCAUGUUUUGUUAUUACAUACCCUCACUUUAAACACAAAAAGUUCCAGUGACACUGUAUACCCCACUGUUACAAAUGUUAUUGGUGUUAUAGGUGAGUGGAAUGCCUUUGGGGUACCACAAGCAUGUCUGUUAAACCUAUAUGCAAAAAAAAAAAAACAGAAAGAAACGUAGUUCUUGCACUACUAUACCUUUCAUAUAUAUAGCAUGAUAAAUUAGCAUGAUUAAAUAACAAAAAAUGUGCUGUUUAAUCGCAUGCCAUAUUGUCUUAAUGUCUAAGAUGAGCCUGCAGGCGCUGAUGUGGCACUGCAAGACUAACUGUUACUUGUUCUUACGUGCACAAAGAAAAAUAAAGAAUUAUAAAAAAAAAAAAGAAAAACUACCACAACAAGAGGACAGUCUUAAAUUAGAGGGACAAAGGUUUACAAAUAAUAUCAUGAAGUACUACUUUACUGAGAGGGUAGUGGAUGCAUGGAAUAGCCUUCCAGCUGAAGUGGUAGAGGUUAACACAGUAAAGGAGUUUAAGCAUGCGUAGGAUAGGCAUAAGGCUAUCCUAACUAUAAGAUAACACUAGGGACUAAUGAAAGUAUUUAGAAAAUUGGGCAGACUAGAUGGGCCGAAUGGUUCUUAUUUGCCGUCACAUUCUAUGUUUCUAUGUUUCAAUAAUUGCUCUCUCUCAUAUCUACACGCUUCUUUAAUUUGUAGGAAUGUGCAUGGGGAAAAUAUUCAGUUCGGCAAUUCGGAACUUCGGCUCUCCAACACUUCGGAAUUUCGGGACUUCGGAUGUCACUUAUAAGAUAACUCCCUAAUUCCCACGGUAUUAGGGAAAUAUCUACCAAAAGGCUGAAAGACCUAAAUUGGUCUUUCAGACAAAUUAACUAAUACUAUACCGCGAGUAGGGGCAUGUCUACUCAUAACAACACUCUGAUUGGUUGAUUGAAAGUAUUCUGUUUUGCAAUGUGCCUGUUUUCAAGUGAUUUGUGGCACUGGGUUAAGCUGCAUGCAAUUUUAGAGUAGCGCCAUUCCACUCCAUUACCACCUUUUGGUGUUUGCUAAUUUGUUGUUUAUUUUGGCAGACCUUGUUGUGGAUCCAAAUAAUGAUCUUUGUUAUAUUCAGAGGAAGCCCAAAUUAUUAAUACAAGUCACUUGGAGAAGCGAGAAUUAGACACCAGAUACCUGUUGGUAUUCAAAAUAAGCCUCUGACGUUUUAUUCAUCAGCUGGGUUUUAUACAUUAAAAAGUAAGUGCUUACGUGCAAAUACUCUUAGAACAGUAAUAGGAAGGGAGUACAGAUAAGGGAUGAACGGCAUGUACACAUAACAAAUAAGUUCCAAGGUAAGAAAGAACAAAAAGAUUAGAGCAGAGACAUCUUAGGUGGGGGCUCUCUGCUCCCGGAACUAGACAUAUAUGGUCUUAAGUGUUGUGUUAAGCAUCAAGCAUCUUGAGUUCAAGUUAGCCAAUUUUAAUAUAGGAUAUCAUUAUAUGACACCUAUAAGUUUGAGCCUUGGAAUCAAGAUAAAUUCUAUAACAAACUAGUAUCUCAGCUAAAUGUGAGCACCCAGCCGCUACAACGAACGCUCAGCACAAUGACAGCUGUCAACAGUCAUAUCAAGCCAAAUUGCUCGGGGUCUGCAAGUGUGUGGCUUUAACUCUAAAGCUCAAGGCCAACAAUGUCAAGCCUACACAAGAGAUUUCAUCCCAGUAGAUAAGUCCCUCAUUCCCACUAAGGAGACUGUACUCCAGUGGUCACACCUCAAGCACUUGACAAACAAGCUACAGAAACUUCAUGACUGUGAAGUCGGACUGCUGAUUUGUUACGACUGCCCAUCAGCACUGGCUCCCUUGGAGGUCAUUACUGGCUAUGAAAAUGAACUCUUCACUCAAAGAACUGUGCUUGGCUGGAGCAUUAUAGGAUCAACGAAUCCACAUCUUGAUAGACAGGGUAGCCAGAACUUUAUACACAAAGUUGCAGUGAAAGAAAUACCACUGCCCCUGGUCACUGAUGUGUUAAAGGCUUUAGAAAUUGACUUUAUUGAAAGAAAUUAUGAGGAUAGGUACGUGUCCCAAGAUGACGUUCGCUUUGUGCAGUUUCUCUCUGAAACCAUAAUGAAAAGGAAUGAUGGACACUAUGAGAUGCCAUUACCCUUCAAAGAUAAGUCAACCGGUACUACGAAACAAUAA